AUGUCUGCCUCUACACCCCAGAGGACGUCGCUACGCCAGGGCUUGCGCCAGGCACCAAAAGUUAACCAGCCUUUCAUCCCCGACACGACACCCGCUCGACGCACGAACCACCCACAAAGCUUGACCUCUCCUCAACCAUCAAUGUCGCCUCAUGCGCCGAUGAAUCCCGCGGCGAAUCCUCAAAGCGCAUCCUUUGCUGUUGAUAACUGGGACGGAAAGACUCACACGCAACUACCAAUUGCGACCCGUGAGGUACCAACACCUGGCAACCGGCCUGCGCUUUUCGCCAACCUAUACGAUCGCGCGAAAUCUGCCAAGCAGCCUGAUUUUUACCACCCAUACUUUCCCUUGCGAUUCCUAGAGGUACCGAGGACGGACCAUAUCUACAAGCGCACUCAUUAUGGACUUCAAUCUGGUAUCCCUGACGAAGUCGACUUUGCACUGUUCCAUUUGGUCCAAAUAUCGAAUCAGCGAUGGGACAAGUUCAAGUUAGAGGGAUUCCCACUUCUUGCCGAAUCACUCAUGCAGAAGGCCUUGGAAAUCACACAGCUCUGCACCGGCAAGCAUUGGGAGUUCGACUACGACCCUCAACAACAACGGCCCGAUGACAUCCACGUGCUAAAUUCGCUGCAUGGAACGCGAGAUAUCCUCGACCGAAUUCGCAAGAUGCCACGUGAAAUCCCCAUGGAUACAUUAGAGACUAAAGAGUUUAACCAUACUCUGCGAAAUGUCAAGGAGGCUGUUUUGGUCUUGAGAAACAUGGUCUUACUCAAGGAAAACGCCUUCUACGUCUCUCGCUACGCCACCGGUCUUCUCAGAGACUUCCUCGUCAUAAUGAUCAAUCUCCCCCAACAAGCACGUUUGAAUGAAAUCAGGAACGACGCGCUCGACAUCGCCGAAGAGGUCACGAAGUUUAUGCGUACUGAUGCGCAGGAUCCGUUGUGGAUAUCGCUCGUCAAUUGCUUGAGUUCGUCUGACCGCGCACACAUCGUGAGAGCUCUUUGGGCAUUGACUCACUUCUCGACCGAGCUACCGGAGGGCGAUGGCAAUCGAGCCAUGGAAAGCUUGUCAAAGACUGCACUUCAGCAACUCUACUACCAUACCCUUCUCGACCUCGACAAAGACAUAUUGAGUGGUGCUCUUGACUUCUGGUAUCAAUACACACUCAAUCCCGACAACAUCGAGACGCUGAUGGACGUCAUCAAUUUUCCGGUUGUUUUUGUACCCCGCAUGGUUGCUCUUUUGACUUACGAGGCGCGGCCAUUCAAGAAAGAGACCGUCCUUCAAGAGGAAAAGGUGGCGCCGCCGCCUUUGGACAUUCCUCGUGUGCCUCCUGAGCUUCUGGAAAAGCUGAUGGAGCGCCCAGAACCUGAGCGCAGCUCGCAAUGGUUGCGCUGUUGCUUUGUUGAAGACGCCGAGUGCGAGAUCACACAGAUAGCGCUGUGGCAGGCCUACCAAAGCCGCUUCGCUGACCCCCGUGUGGCCGGCGGCGGUGUCCUCCCUGCGGCUGAGUUCAUCAAAAACGUCAGCAACACCUUUACCAAUGCCCAGGCCCAGGUCAUCAAUGGUCAGGGCACUGCCCCAAAAUUCAUCAUCAAGGGAAUCCGGCCACUGGAGACCGCCUACACCUUUCAAGGAUUCCCCUACCUUUACUGCAAGUGGACAGAUAAUUCAAAACCUUCCCAGAUGUGCCAGCGCGCUUUUGCAACGCCCGGCGAUCUCCGCCAACAUGUAUUUGAGGAUCACAUGGGUCUGGAGACCGCGGAAACUCCAGGACAAUUCAAGACGGAAGCCACCGCAUCUCCCACCCGUAUCUGCCGAUGGGACAACUGCACCCGGUUCCGGGUCCUUGGACCAAAUACGAAUGCCACCGUGGUUGCCGGUCAUGUCGCUUCACAUUUGCCAGAAGAUCGUCCUGCUGAUGCCCCACCACCUAGUACCAAGCGUCCCAUUCUGCAGGAGCGGAUCGUCCGUAAGUGGUACUACAUGGACACCCCGGUGAAUGAGAAAGGCGACGCAUAUGGUGCAGCAUACAAGGCCGCGCUGGUCUUGCGAAACAUUGCCCGUGGGUUGCCUCAACGCGUCGCAACUAAAUACGGGAAUGUGUCCUGGAAAAAGGCGUGCUUUGUGAGCCAGCGUCCCAAGAUUGUCGAAGUAUGGGAUCGAAAUCGUGCUUUGCGCAAAGAACUCACCGAGCUUCUCAUGGUCAUUGAGAAAGAUGAUGAUGACGAUGAUUAUUGA